AACAAAAUGUAAUUAUUUUUUUUCUUCUUUUUCGGCGUAUUAUUCUAUUCGUUAAGAUUUCAAACUGACAAUUUACUUCACGCGAUGAACUUGCCUGCGCGUUUUAAUAAUGUCGGAUUGAUACACCGUUUCAAAGAUCUCCGAUAAGUCCUAUCAACCGGAUACACAACGGAUGAUAACAUCGAUAAAAACCUGGCGAAGGAAUAUACCGACUCCGUGGUAGAAGAAGCAAAAACAGAAGAGGGAAAAAAUGAAUCGAGUUUGUUCCUCGAUCGACAACGGAGGAUCGACGAUUUAAGAAUGAAUUCGUCCUACCUUUGGGGUGAAGACGAUGAAUGGGGACCACGAUAUUAUUUCACUUACUACAAUCAGUUUGGAAACCGAAAAGCAGCUAGCACGUUCGAGGUGGUGGUAUUAGCCGUUAGCUUUGUUUUGGCGGUUGCCAGCAACUUGGGAAUAGCUGGCUGUAUACUUGGAUACAAGGAAAUGCGAACGCCCACGAAUUUGUGCUUGGUGAACUUGGCCGUCGCGGAUCUUUUGUUCAGCUUCGGUGUACCAGCUGUCGCUUACACCAGACUGAGCCAGACCUGGUGUCUCGGGGAAACGAUCUGCAAACUGUUGCCCUACUCCCAGUUUGUCUGCGGCUUCGUGCUGCUCUGGACACUGACGUUCAUAUCGAUGGACAGGCAUCGAUGUUUGGCAAUAGCUCCUUACAGAAGUGCCUUAACCAGACCGAAGGUCCUAGCGGCUAGUCUUGUCGUCUGGAUCGUCGCGGCUUUCAUAUUCCUGCCGGUCAUAUUUUGGUUCAAACGGAAGAAUAUUGCGAGCGAUCUGACGAUCUGCACCUUGGUCUUCCCACGAAGCGAGGUCCUGAACGUUUCGCUGUGCUUCACGGUACCGAUCAUCGUUCUGGCUUGCCUUCUACCGAUGGUCCUUCUGGUUUACCAUUAUCAACGAAUCUUCCAAAAGAUCCUCGACUCCCGAAGCAGAUGGGCUGUACCGUGCAUUACGCAAGGGUUGGAGAACGGCGGCGCAACAGGUAGAAGAGAUUCUGAGCUAUCGGUGGUCGGAACGUUGCUACCUUGGCCGGGAAGAAAGUUGUCCAGUGCGUCGGUGACAGGGCGGCUAGGACGAGCCGGUAGUCUUUCGCAGCACGAGGAAAUACGGUUGCACAAGCAUCUACGUGUCGUACGAAUUUUACUGCUAAACGUGCUGGCCGUUCUAAUCAUGUGGCUCCCGAUAACCACCGUGAUGCUGUUGAUUUACGUGGACGGCAGACGACCUGUCGAGGACACAGAUUUCUUUCUGAGAUCCCAUCAUUUCGUUUGGACACUGAUUGUCGCGCAAUUCAAUACCAUAGCGAAUCCUCUCCUUUACGGUGUAUUCUCCGAGAAUUUUCGCGUCUGUUUCGCGAAACUUUGGCGACGUAGACUCGACAGCAAUACCAGGACCGUGCAACAACGCAGAGGAUCCAAGAGAAACUCGAAAACAUUGGAGGCGUUUCAGAUCCGGUUGGGCAGCGUCAGAACACCGAACAGCUCCAGAAAUCCACCAAAACACUCGAAGAAAAGCUCCAGUUGCAGUAUAGGUAGUAUCGUUGAAGUACCUACCUCGGAGAAGUUAUGAAAAGAUCGAUUAAAUGAGUGUAGAAUAAAGUACUUUUGUUUCGAAAAUUCGUGUUUUAAUUAUGUUCAGUUG